AUGCGGCCAGACAUUGAGAAAAACAGUAUAACAGUCCACUAUAUCAGCGGAUAUGCAGAUCUCGCAAACUUGAUAUCCAGCGACGUCGAUGGGGACACGGCCAUCUUCCAAAGCUUCAGUGCUUUGGCAUCGCAGGAUCUGCUAUAUAUGCAAAGCGAAGUGGCCGGGCUGGAAGCCAAGCUGCGAGACAUAGAUCAACAAGAUGAACGAGACUUCCAGGAGCGCGAAUCAUGGCCCAUGGUCUCACUGGCAUCCAGGGACUGGGGUGUGCUCGUGCAGGAGGCAAAUACGCCGCAUUCACCUAUGCAAGCUCGAUUGAAGCAGCGGAUGGAUCUCAUCAUCACCAUCAGGCAAAAGCUAAAGCAAUACCGAGAAGCUCUUCUUUUAGAAUCUGCCAUUCUUGCUCUGAGGAAGCCGUCAAAGCAGGCACACAAUGCCUUUCUCCGUAGGUUUUGGAACGAAGGAGAUGGACGACGCCGCAUCUCAACCCUUGACGGACACAGCAAGUUCCUCUAUGAAGAUCACACGCAGUUAGUGGCUUUGAAGAGGGUGGACAACGAGGAUCGACUUACCCAACUGCUGAAGAAGCACUGCCCAUGGGUCUUCAAGGUUGCUCGAGUGAAGACGCAGAGCACGGGCAUCGAGUACUUUUCGGCACGAAGGAUGUCGUUAGUGGUAAACCUCAUCACCGUUGUCCUCGCCGCUGGAUUGCUGUUCGGCGCCAUUUACAACUUGUACUAUGUCCGGCGAGAACAGGUCAAGUUGGGAUUGAUAGCUGGAUACACUUUGACGUUUGCUUUGAGCAUAAGCCUGAUUUCGAAUGCUCGGAGGGCUGAGAUCUUUGGAGCCUGUGCAGCGUACGCAGCGGUGCUGGUCGUGUUUGUAAGCGGUGACUUAGGAAACAAUCGGGCACCCAGAUAG